GAUGUCUCUUGUGAUGUCUCUGUGAUGUACGAUCGAUGGCGCCAGCAGCGGCGGGGAGAGUCGAAAAACGUCGAGGGAAGAGAGCUGCGGACGAGGAGCUCGACGGGGAGAGACGACUGAGGAAGAAGUUCGACCGGCUACGACUUGAGAAAUUAUCCGAUAGUCUGUCUGGGACAACAGCAGCAGCAGCAACAGAAGCUCCAGUGCGGACAGACGGACGUGAGACGGCCGGCUCGUCGAGAGAUGCGUUCUCCGGCGUCAGUAAUGGCGAUGGCAUGCAGGUUGACGAGACAAAAACACGAGUAUACAUCACAGAUCUAGAAGAGGAGAUCGCCGAGAUAGAGGCAGAAGAGAGGAGACAGACCUUCAAAUUCAUGCCUGGGAUGGAAAAGAAGCUGAUGUCGGUCCCCGAGUCGGUUCUUACGCAUAAACCAAAGCCUGAGGAGAGGAACAACGAGCUGGUGCUCUAUCGUGUGCCGGCAUCGUUGGGCAUACCGACUGAGCAGGACAGUGUUCGAGCAGCGAUGACAGAUGCGAGAGAGAGAGCCAGAGAAAGGAUGACUGAGGCCUACGGUGGACAGGCGGAGGGCACACCGGCCGUAUCUGUCGAUGGUGAACAAUCACCGGUCUACGAUUCGGAUCCCAUGGAGAUCGAUGAUAGCUAG